GGACGAGUCUUCCUCUACUAUGGCAGCGCACAAGCCUACUCCGUUUGGCACACGCAAUGCUAACGCUCGUAUCACCGUUUCGUCUGCGAAUGACAAGGAGAACCUCGACCCGCUCACCGGGUUACGGCCAUCGUCAAGCGAACAUUCAGGCAAGAAGCGCAAGACAAAUGCUCUCGCGAGUAAACCUGUCCCUUUGAACACCAAGCCGCUCUCCGGAAGCGUCACUACGAAAAAGCGUAAGCUCGCCGCUGGCUCCGUGAUAGAAGAGAAGAAGGAGAAGAAAGAGAAGCGGGCGGGGAAUGCGAAGAAGCCGUCAAGGAUCCCUCGAGUGCGCAAGGCCACGAACCUGCCCAGAGUUGACGAGGCUGAGGAGGAGGCCGAAGAUAAGCGAGCUGAACCCAGUCGUCUGAACGAGAACCAGCUCACUCAGGCUGAAAUCGACGCGAAGUGCUACGAGUUCACUGUCCUCCCCCUGGCGGACCUCUCGCACGCCUAUGAUACGAGCUCCCCUCCCGAAAGCUCACUGAAGAUCAAAGUAACGGAAGUUAAUGAGGUUGCCAAUACGAACGUUGCUCCCGCUAAGCUCUCUAUUACCGAAAGCAAUACAGAAGAGACGGAGCACUUGUCUGUGCCAAACAGCCAUGGCCCUCCGCUGUUUAAUACCCCCGAGCGCAAGCGCAUUUACUCUGCUUUCACUUUUGAGUCACCAUCCCCUGCGUCACGCCGCUUUGCCUCUUGGAGAGAGUCGAGCGUACCGCCCCUCCCCGCAGUCAACUUUUUCUUCGACCCCUCCGAGGAGCCUUAGCUCGAGGUGGCGACGUUUGCUAUGCAUGCUUCAGUGCUAUGCUGCUAUACCCUCUUCCUCCGCGUUACUUGAACAUCAUGUCCGCUACUGCCAUCCGGCUACAUGUCUCUGCCGUUUCUCCGCGUUCGACGUGUCAGCUAUCUCACAUCGCCUUGCAUACAGGCCUAUAUCUCUCCUAUGCUAAUCUUCUCCUGCUUCACCACAUCUUCCGCCGUAUCUCACCUCCCUCGUUUUGUUUGGAUCGAAGUCAACUUGAAAUUCUAAUGUACAAGUUCAAUGCCAACCUCUAACCAAC